UUAUUGCAAUGUUUACCUCAGAAAUUAGUUCUAGAAUAAUUCUGAUUGUAAAAUGGUUGGAGCUGUUGUGAGGCCUCAGGGCUCUCAGAAAGAUGUGAAGGAGGAGAAGGAAACUGAGCAGAAGUCGAGAUUCUGCUCAUUUCAGUUUGACAAGUUUCCCUGGUUAAGUGGGUUGAUGAUGGUUCAUAACCUGCUCUGUAUCUACACCAUAUUCCUAAACUCGUACUCGGCCAUCAUCAACCAUGUCAUCACCUACGCUCCGACAAACCAGAUAAGAUCAACUCUUGGAUUCGGAUUCAGUGGAAACCUGAUUGGCAGUCUCUACUUUGACAGCGCUGAUGUCAUCGUGAAUGUUCCGGAUUAUAUUUCGCGAUCAAUUUUUGUUGAUCUGGUGUACUUGUUCGAGAUGCUGGCGUUCACUGUUCUUGGCUACAUUGGGGCUCGUUGCAAACUACCCCGCCUCACUUAUCCGUUGUGUGUAUGGUUGUUUCUGCACUCGUUUUUUGCUCUGGGUAUGCUGCAGCAGGCUCUGUUCUACAGCUUCAAGUAUAAGCUCAAUGUGACCAUCCUGGACAUGCAUCCUGUCCUCGCUAUUCUAGUUCUAGCCGUAGCGACAGUUACAGCCUUCUACGUCUCACUCCAGGUUUAUGAUGAGUGUACAGGAAACGACGAAGGGAAUGAGACUGAAAAAAUAUCUGAACAGCUGAAGAUGACUGAUUCUUCAGACGUCAAGUCUACCGAGGUGGAGUGCUCCAAGUUCUUAAGAUGCUGCUCAAGAGUUUUCCUAAUUCUUCUCGGCCUAGCUGUGCUCGCGUUCUGCCUCUACAUCCAAGUUGGUGUGAUUCUUCUGUGUGAAGACCCUGCCUCCCUACCCAGUUUAACCUUCAACAAUAAAUCCUAUCCUACAAUCAACGGAGUUAUGUUCUACGUGAAGAACGAUCUUGAUCUAAAACAUGAACAUGAGGCUCUCCCCAUAAACCUAGGUUUCAACCUCCCCAUGGAGUUCUACAGUCUCAAGUUUAACAGCAUCUGUGAAGAUUGUGAUAAGUUCGUGGUGUACCGCAGCUAUAGUUCUACAAGUUUGAUGGUUGUACAGGCAACUAUCUGGGGUCUAGCAGCAAUCAAACUCCUUCUCAAUACCAUCUUCUCGUGCUGUGGAUCUCAUACUCAAAGCAACUUCUUCAGGAUCCUUCUCUGCUCGUCUCUACUCCACUUUUACACUAUCUUCAUUCAGAGCAUGUCCCUGGCCCCGUUUAAGAACAGCUACAACUACGCGCUGUGGACCUUGAUUGCUGAAUCUGUUGCCGGAUUUUUCAUCAAUCUCAUUGUUCUAGUUCUCUUCGAGAUCUGCUCAGCAAGAUUGGAUUCCGUGAAUGACUUGGAUUACGUGAUCACCUCAAAGAAGAAGAGAGGAGUUGAAGUCGGAAAAAACUCUGGAAACAACUCUUCCGCCAAUCCCAAGAUUGAUCUUGUUCUUCCAGUUUAAGAAGACUACAUCGUGUCUGCCAAGAAAGCCUCUUAAUGAGGAUACUAUAGAUCUGCCUCGGGAUCUAAAUUAAGAAUAUUUAGUCUCGAUCUCGCUAAAAAUAACUUUCGGCCUAUCCUAAAGUCUGAAAUUGCGUACAUUUUGACCCAGGGAAAUCAUGUAAAUUAUGUUUUUUAGCCUUUGCAAAUGGUUACUCGAUUGUGUAUCAUCAUCAGUUCUGAAUGCUUAUAGUUUCACUGAACUGACUCAACCCUUGUUGGGUUAACUCGUCUACAAAAAAAAUAAUUUUAGCAAAACUAGUGCCAAUACAAUGUUUAAAAAAACUAAAAAUAUUGCUCGACACAAUCAUCAAGUUAACACUAGACUUAUAGCAGAAAAAAAACUUUAAAUCUGAACUGUCUAAUUAAACAUAAAUUAGUGGCAAUGCAACAUCGAAUUUCAACUUUUUUAAAAUAUAAUUAAAGCAAUACUAGUGACAAUUCAAUGUGUUGAAAAGUAUCAUUACCCCUUUAAAUCCUGUCAUAGAAACCCUUUUGAUUUGGAAAAAGGUCCUUGAUAUUACAGAAACCCUUUGGAUUUGGAAAAAGGUCCUUGAUAUGUAAAAAUGUAAAUUAAUUCAGUGUGUAAUGUAUGUUUCAGAA